GUCAUAAAUCAUAACUUGUUCUUCUGAGAUAACUGCUUGAAAUACUUCCCAGGGUUCUGCUUUGUGCCAGAACAAGUCUGAUGCUGACAUGAUGUUAUCAAUUGUGAACUCUGCAAGAUUUGAAUCCAAAGCUUUGAGUUCAUUGUCCAAGUUCAGAGCCAAGGUCAAAGAGCUGCCACGUACAGGCGGUUGCAGAUCUUUGGGCUGCUGAUGGCGUGUAAACAGAGAGACUGCAGGAGGAAAGGGCAGCCAGGGUGACACAGUGACAGCACUGAGCCACCUGCUUACGUGCACACCUUGAUCAGCCCAGCAAGGUGGGGUGCUUUGUGCUUGGUCACAGGUGACGUGGCAAAACUGGCUUGCAAGUAGUUAAAAUUCCAAGGGCAGUGCCAUCGGUGGCUGUCACUUCCCAAAGCAACACAGCUCUGAAUCAUCUGAUGGGAAAGUAGCAAGGGCUGUGCCAAAGGAAAACCCAAAGCCUCAUUGGUAGGUGCAUUUUCUGUGAAAAGAGUGUGGACUCGUUUAAUUUGGAAGUUUUCCUGGUGGACACCUGAUCUUUCUUUCCCAGACCAGAGGAUCACUGUGAUGGGCAGCUGAUACUCAGUGACAGCGUUAGGCACUGCAGCAGGAAGAGAUGAUAUGAAGUGCUGUUAAUCCUCUGACACCGUGCCCUGGAUCCCCAUGGUUGUCCUCAUGAAUACUCCCGUGGAGAAUGUCCAUGAUCUUCUUUGCUUGUGUGGUGAGGGUGAGGGAUGGGCUUCCCCUCUCAGCUUCCACAGAUUUCCAUCUCAACCAGGAUUUUCUGGAAUGCAGGAAGAGGUUGAAGGCGUUAUCCUCGAUCCUGGCGCGCUAUCCCAGUCGGGGCACGGCGAAAGGACGUAACCUGAGCAUUCAUUUCCUUUCUUCUGGGGAUAUUGCCUGCAUGGCAAUCUGUUCCAGCAGCUACUCAACCAUCAUGGCCUUCUGCUUCCUGGAAGAGCUUCGGUGGGAAUUUGCUGCUUCCUACAACACAAGGAGCAUCAAUUCAGCUUCCAGACCAUAUGCUUUUAUUGAAUUUGAUAACAUCAUUCAGAAGGUGAAACAUCAUUUCAACAGCACCCGUGGCUCCCGGGCCAAGGGCAGCUGGGAGAGGGUGGAGGAGGAGCUGCAGCUGCAGCCCCCAGUGCAGCUGCAGCUGGAGAACACGGAGCUGCUGAACGGGCUGAGCAAUGGAGGGCAUGCAGGAGGCCGUGUGGAGGUUGCCCCUACUUACAGAAUGCAGCCUGUGACCCCACUGGGGAUUCUGUCACUCGUUCUGAACAUCAUGUGUGGAGCUCUGAACCUCAUCCGAGGAGUUCACCUGGCAGAAUAUUCCUUCCAGGAGGACCAUGAAGGAAUUGGAAAUGUGAUAGCUUUUCUUCUACCUUUUCUAGCCUGUGUUUUUCAGUGUUACCUGUACCUCUUCUACAGCUCAGCCAGGAAGGUGAAGACAUUUGUGCUCCUUUUCUGUGUCUGCUCAUGCAACAUCUACUUGUAUGGAUUAAGGAACCUCUGGCAAAUCUCCUUCCACAUAGGAGUGGCUUUUCUUUCCUCUUACCAGAUCCUGACAAGGCAGCUCCUGGAGAAGCAGCCUGACUGUGGUGUAUGAAAAAAAAAACUUGGGGUUUGCUACUCUGUUUUUACAAUUCUUUUUUGUAUUCACCCGGCCAAAAACAGCUCAGUGUGUUUUUUAACCAUCCAUGGCAAUGGUUAUGGCAAGGAGAACAGCUCCAAGCAACUUGGGACAAGGAGGAUCCUGUAAUUAUGUCCAACACACAGCAAGGGGUGCAGCUGUAUUUCACAAGGUGCAUGGUAAAGCUUGUCAGGUGUCACCAACAGAUGGCAGUUCUUACCAUCAGCAGGCUUUUCCUCCUUGGCUGCCACCAUCCAGACACCAUUUUGCCAUUUGUCUCACUGGCUCUGUGAUAGUGUGGCAGGUCAGUCUUGCUGUGCUGCUGCAAAUACUCAAAUUUUGUAGUAAAACAAAGGUGGAAUGGUGGGUGACAUUUUUGCCUCUAGAAUUUGUUAAGAUUCUUGGUAAAUGCAAGUAAAGGGGGUUGCUGUAAUUAGGUGAGUGCAGUAUCAGUGGGAAAAAUGGUGAGGGUGAGCUUCAGGGUCAUUUUUCUAGGUUUGGAAGGGCAGGAAAAGGCUGUCUAUAAACCAUAAAGUCUAUAAAUAUCUCUUGGCUGAACAGCACAUUGCAGUCAUGUGUGUGCUCAUGGGUUAAUUGCAAAUAUGCUUGGGGCAGCAGAAAAUAAUCCAGGUAGGUGUGAGUGAUCUGUCAGCACUUGUGGCCUUUGUUUCCUUGGCUAAGGUCACUUUUAGGAUAAGGGCAAUUCCAUGUUUCCUUAGUCUGUAUGGAUAAUAAAUCUUCCAAGCCUGUUUAUGACAGGCCACUAACUCCUUCACCUGUUUUUUUUUUUUUUAAAUUAGUAGCUGGUGAGUAGAAAGCCAUUUCCAGGAAUGGAAAGCAAGAGCAGGUUCUCUUUGUUCUAUAAAACACCUGUGGUUAAUGGUGGGGAGUUCUUACACUGAGAUGAGUUUCUGAGUGUGCACUUUGGAGUAAGGGACUGCAGGGCUGGAAUUCCCAACCUCUGCUGCACUGGGAGUUCUGCUCUGUCAUGGAUCAAGGUGCACAGGGGCAUUUUAGGGCAUAGGUGAAUAAUUUAGGCUGGCUGUUAAAAAAAAUGCAUAGCAGUUUGAUGCAGCUAUCCUUGAGGGGUUGUAAAGAUUCAAACUGAGAUGUAGAGAACUGUAGGUAUGUUAUUGUGGAAUUACAGUCCUAACAUUUCCUUUUACUAUUUUUUUUCCCUUUCUGGUCAUCCCCAAGUCUUUCACCAAAGAUUUAUUUUUCCUCUCACGUAGCCUCUACCUCUGGUUGCAAAGAGAUUAACAUGCAGCAGAGUUGUCUUUUUUGCAGGAACACUUGACAAAAUUCCUUUCUUUUAUCUCAGUGAGUUUUCCUGGAAUCUCAGAAUGCAAACACGAGGAUCAGACCAGAAAUUUAUGUUGCUGUACCUUGUGAAAGCACUUCUGGAUGCAGCUGUCUGCAGCAACAGCAUCCAUGGGCAGCCCAUUAGAACCUGGACAGUUUCUAGGACAUCAGGAGAUUUAGUGCCUGAGCUUUUCCCAGAAGGAAAAUGGAGGGAUUUCUUUUUCACUGCACUUACUGUAACAGCAACGUGAUAAAAACCUGCAAACUGUGAGGAAUAGUCUGGUAGGAAUGAUGGAGGAAUAUUUUAGCCAGGCAUUUAAGGACACAGCUCGAGCUGUGUGCCAUAAGGGAAAGGUUUUCUGUUAUAAGGGAGUGGAUUAAAGCUGUUUGUCUGUCAUUAUCCCAGUUUUCUGUCAGAGUGCAAGUGGAGAAAUGAAGCCACAAUUCAGCCACUGUCUUUGAGACACCAAGAUGACCCCACAGAUGUGAGGAGUUUUGUACUGUUAAUUUUCCUGCUAUUCAGUCCCAGUUUUGCUUGGUAAGAUACUUCUGGAAACUGCAGGGAACUCAGCCACUCAGUUAAAAAAAAAUCAGAAAAGAACACUCCAAAAAUCUGACACUUUAAGGAUAGUGGAUCUGAUGACUUGGUGGUGUUUUCCAGGAACUUAAAUUGGAUAUCAACCCACUGGAUUCCUGUGGGGAAAGGAUGAAGUAUUUUAUACUACAGACAGACAAAACUUCAUGGAAAGGACUUUAGGACAGGAGCCAACUCCCUGCUCCUGCCUUUUUAUCCUCACUCUGGCUGAGGAGUCCAAAAGAGCUUUUCCUGUUUCUCCUGGGCUUGGCUAAAGCCAGCCCUGCUCUGGCCUAAGGCACACAGAGCAUUGACAGCUGGGCAUUCCUCAGCCUUGUAGGCUGCUGAUGGGAAAAAUGUCACAUUCCUGAUGCUUCCAAAUUCUCUGUCCUGAAACAGAUCCAUCCCUGAGCCAGGGGAUGGCAGCUCUGCAAGGGAGUGCUAGAAUGGGUGUUUGGAUAAUUGUGCAAUUAACAGAGAGUGGAGAAGGGUUAAAUUCAGCUUUUAUUGAAUUGGUUUUCCUAAAAACAUUUCAAUAAAAUCAAACCAAAUCAAUUGGUUCAGUUCUGCCUUUUACAUCUUUUCUACCCAGUGACAAAACUCUGUCUUGGUGUUGGUCUUAAUCCCUUUGCAACCUUUUAUUUUCCUGUAAUAUGUGUAAACCAUAUUAAGGAAUCUACAUGGAUUAGUCUGUGUGCACUUCAGAGGUUUGGGUUGGGAUUCCAGGACGAGGCAGAGCACACAGACUUGGACCUAUUUUUAUUUUUAAUUUGGUAUUUAUCCCAUAUCCACACAGUAUUUAUACAGUUAAACAUUUUCUCCUGGCAAAACAGCAAGAGGAAUAGAAUAGUUUACAUUGAUCUCAGUGCUUUAAGAUUUAAUAAAAAUGAAUGACUUGCAGUUUAAAAUACAAAAUCUGACUCAUAAUGUGGGAUUUUUCCCGUGUUGAAUCAAAUCCCCAAAGAGGAAUCCAUCUCUUUUUGUUCAACUUUAAACUGGCUAAUGUGGUUUGAAUUGCAUCUUCUUCAUUCUGUCACUUUGCAAGAUAAGUCUUUUGGAAAACUCUUUUCCUCACCCAGCAGCUCAGCACAUGCAAACUGACAAAGAAUAAACUUCAAUCAUUUCCAGAUUUGCAGUGCUUAGUCACUUUAUGAAGCUGGUAAUUCUCUGGGUUUUUUGUUUUGUUUUGUUUUUUUUUCCCAAAGACCUGUUGAGUUUGUAGAAGGUGGGCUGGUACCUUUUUAGACAUUUUUGCACUGUAUUAAUAAUUGAACCUGUGUAAAUGUGUAUAAAAUCAUUUUGCAUGUAUAUGUAUAUAUGUACAUAUAUCUAAUAAAUGGCUUUUUUUUGUAA